CCGCCGGCCGCCGUUCCGCCAUGCGUGCUCCGCCGCUGGGCUGUGCGCUGCUGGCGCCGCUGCUACUACCGCUGCUGAGUGCGCCGGUCCGCGGCAGCGCCGACGAGACCCGCCUGCUGCGGGACCUGCUGGUAGACUACGACCGCCGCGUGCGGCCGGUGACCAACCACAGCCAGACGGUCAAAGUCUCCCUGGGACUGACCCUGCAGCAAGUGGUGCUCGAUGAGGCCACGCACGAGGCCACGCUCAACAUCUGGGGUAACCUGGAGUGGAAGGACGACAAACUCGUCUGGGACCCGGAGGAUUAUGGGGGCGUGGAGAGCCUGCGCAUCCCGCCGGAAGAUGUGUGGAUUCCGGACAUCAUGCCGUACAACAUGCUGCCCCGACCGGAUAUGUCGUGGAUGGGAAAGACGUUAAUCGUCGUGAACUCGGACGGUUCGAUGCUGUACGUGCCGCCGUCGUCUUUGCGUGUGUUUUGUAGGAGAGACUACCACGCCGGUCCCCACCUUGAGGAAUUCCGAUGCACGCUGAAACUUGGCUCCUGGACUUACAAUGGAUACCAGGUGGAUAUAGACAUUAAAGAUGACAGCGCCGACCUGUCAUCGUUCAUCAAGACUGGUGAGAUCUGGAAGCUGCAGGGAGCGUCCAUUAAGAAGAACACCGUGUACUAUUCGUGCUGCCCGGAGCCGUACGUGGAUGCGACACUGGAGGUGAAGCUGCGCCGCUCUGGCUCGCUGUCGGCGUGGCCCAACCUGCCGGUGGCCGUGUCGCUGCUGACGGCGCUGGCCGGCCUGCUGGUGCCGGUCGACUCGCCACAGAAGCUGACCCUGCCCUGUCUGAGUGUGCUGGCGGCCGGCGGUGCGGCGCUCACAGAGUUCGGCCUGGUGGGCAGCGCCGAGUACCGGGCGCACUUCCUGCGCGCCUACCACGCCUACACGUACAUCGCCGUGGCCGUGCUACUCUGGACCGUGCUGGUGGUGGUGUUGGGCCGGCCGCGCGCCUGCCGGCUGCCCGCCUGUCUGCGCCGGCUGCUGACCGGCUGCCUGGCCUGUGUCUGCUGUCUGGCCGCGCCGCCCGAGCCGGACGCCAAGGGCCUCUGUCACGAGUGGACCGCGCUGGCCGGACUGCUGGAUCGGCUGGCGUUCCUCGUCUUCCUGGUGCUGAUCGUGGUGGGCUCCGCCAGCUCCAUGGGCUACUAACAUCGCCCGUGGGCUGUGCUGGCGGCGGGGUAUUCCGUGUAGUGGUUACUGAACGUUGGAGUUACAAGUUACAACACUUUGGCUGGAUUCAUACAGAAAUUAAUAUUAGUUGCAGAUGUGUAUUCAGACACCCUGUCACCGAAUGGGCGCAAAAUGACCACCGCAGUCGACGCGCCCGUAAACCCCAAUGAAUGAACACCCUGUCACCGAGUGACAAUGGCCGAUACAUUCCGGGCGUUCACUUCUUACAUCCCAAAUACAUAAUGCCUUUGAUGUGGACGCAUUUCAUACUGCCCCGUAGCCGGUAACCCACUGCCCGAAUAUUCUGUCAAUAUUCUGUCUGCCCUGAAUAUUCAUAUCAUGUCAAUAUUUCGUACUGAUAUUAGGGUAUGUUUGAUGUGCUUUGCGUUAUUUGGAAGUCGCUGACGCUCUUCAGAGAUUACUCCUCUCAGGCUUGUGCGUGGAAACUAUAACCGUAUUUUGCCGCUGGCCAUUACGAUGUUGCAACUUAAAAGCAACAAGGCAUAUUGCUGUAUGGUUAUGGCGUACCAUCAGCUUUAGCAUAAUUUCGGUUUAAACGGCACUGUUGAUGGAUGGCCUGUUAUUUGACAUGACAAAUACAACAUUUUGUUACCCCCCAGCUAUUUUUCGUGCCAAUAAACAAGACCUAUAGAAG